AUCGUCGUUUGGUUUUGCGCAGCUUAGCUGUGUUGUGUGCCGACGACCCUCCAACCGCAGCACCCAACCAUUCACCCAACCAUUCACAUUCUCAGUCCUGAUGUGGAUAGUAGCUACGAGCACGGUAGUAACAACGACAACAACAGGAAGAAGAAACCAACCGUCACUAUGCCCCGUUUUGGUGAUCGAUGGGUGGUGGAUCGCACUCUGUUUGAGUAUGUGAAUGGGGGUAGCUGUGCGUGUUGUGGGUUUAAUCAUUUUCUUCCCGGCGGGACAAAGGACAUGAUUCAUGCCAUGUCGGAUUUGGAAACGGAUGCGGCCAACGCCGAAGUAAAUGCCUUGCAGGCAUCUCCAUGGCCCGCAAAUAUGCGGGAUGCUGUGUGGGGAGAUCGUCUGAAAUUGCGGCACUUGAUGAAGAAGGAAAUGCCCAAGUAUGCCACAUUUUGGAAGGAACACGCCGUGGAAUUGGAAGAAUGGUGUCGCAGUGGUGCAGAUGUCAUGACGCUGAAGAAAAUCUUUCAAAUGCCUCGUGCUGAAGUCACUGAACGUGUGAAAAACGACUAUGGGAUUCAUUCGGCGUUUGCCGUUGUGUUGUGUACCGUCGUGGAGCAAGUGGCCAAUUUCCCCGCCACGCAACUUCCUACGGAUGCUCGUGGGGAAUCCGAAACCAAUUUUGAACAAGCCUUGGUCUUUGAUCGACGAGGUGGAUUCACACUCAAAUUGAAACAAAAGGACGGAUCACUCAAUACAGAUGUCUUGCAGAUUUGGUUGUACCGCAUGAAGUCAUUGGGAGGUCCCAAACUAUUGGAACGAGCUCCACCCAAGAAGAAGGUUGUGGCCGAUAGCAGUGACGAGGAAGAAGAAGAUGACGAAGAUGGGGAUGCCGAUGCCGGAGGACUCAAACAACAAGCUGAUCCCGACGAAGAUGAACCGGCAUCGGGACCUAGUUUUCGAUCCGAUCGACGAAUCAUUCGAUUGCUCAUCGCUCGCUACUGGGCCGAUCAAAUGAUGAAGAAGUUCUUGGAAGCUAAACAAGAAAAGAACAAGCAGGACAACAAUGGCAAAGAGGAAGCUUCCUGAUCAAUCAAUCAAUCAAUAAAUCAAACAAACAACAAGAGAAAAUAUAACACAACAAUUGGCUACAUUAAACUUAAAAACUUAACGAAACAGGCAAUUCACGAACAAGUGUAGAAUCAUUCACCUUGUA